AUGAAUGAAUCAACAUCAUCAACAACAAUGGAACAAUCUGAUUCAAGAUAUUUUUCGCAACGAGCGAAACAUAUUUCUUUAUUAAAUGAACAAUCUACAUCUGUAUUUGUUAAACAGCCCUCAUCAGAAAUAUAUUUUCAAUUUUCUAAUCGCACUUAUAUGCCCAUAACCGAUACUCAAUUAACUCCAGUAGGACGUGGUCAUGGUAAUUCAAUAUCAAAUGAUCAUCGUCAAAUUAUUAGUGCAGGUCGAGGUCGUACAACAGUGCCUUUAUCAUCAUUUAUAUUGCAAAAAGACAAUCUUUCGCCGCCAUCAACUACUACUACUAUUUCAUCACCAAUAUUUGUUAUGCACGAUGAAGUACAAUUUGUUCGACCAUAUUUUGGACCACCUAGGAAUAAUGAUAUACAACCAUCAUCGACAUCUCAAAAACGAGAAAUUCUUCUUUCAGCAUUGAAAGAAAUUGAAUCAGGUUUAAAAACAUUAUAA